ACGUACAAAUGUCUACCACAAGACUAAAGUGUGAUAUGUUAUGUUUUUUACCAUAAGCACCCAUAAAAUGAGCUCCAUUGCAGACAGAAAUGAUGGAAGCAUUUUUGAUGGGCUGGUGGAAGAAGAUGACAAAGAUAAAGCAAAAAGAGUGUUUAGAAACAAGUCUGAAAAGAAACGUCGAGAUCAGUUUAAUGUACUUAUUAAAGAGCUGGGUUCCAUGCUUCCAGGUAAUGCUCGGAAGAUGGAUAAAUCCACUGUACUGCAGAAGAGCAUUGACUUUUUACGGAAGCACAAAGAAAUUACUGCACAAUCAGAUGCCAGUGAGAUUCGACAGGACUGGAAACCGACAUUCCUUAGUAAUGAAGAGUUCACACAGUUAAUGUUAGAGGCUCUUGAUGGUUUUUUUUUAGCAAUUAUGACAGAUGGAAAUAUAAUAUAUGUGUCUGAAAGUAUAACUCCCUUACUUGAACAUUUGCCAUCUGAUCUUGUGGAUCAGAGUGUAUUUAAUUUUAUCCCAGAGGGGGAACAUUCAGAAAUUUAUAAAAUAUUGUCUUCUCGUCUGCUGGAAAGUGAUUCAUUGACACCAGAAUACUUAAAAUCAAAAAAUCAACUAGAAUUCUGUUGCCAUAUGCUGCGAGGAACAAUAGAUCCAAAAGAGCAACCUACAUACGAAUAUGUAAAAUUUAUAGGAAAUUUCAAGUGUCUGAAUAACGUUCCCAACUCUGCGCACAAUGGUUUUGAAGGAACUAUUCAGCGAUCGCACCGGCCUUCAUAUGAAGACAAAGUUUGCUUUGUAGCUACAGUUAGAUUAGCUACACCUCAAUUUAUCAAGGAAAUGUGCACUGUUGAAGAACCCAAUGAAGAGUUCACAUCUAGACAUAGCUUAGAAUGGAAGUUCCUAUUCUUGGAUCACAGGGCACCUCCGAUAAUAGGUUAUCUUCCAUUUGAAGUUUUGGGAACAUCAGGCUAUGAUUAUUAUCAUGUGGAUGAUCUAGAUAAUCUGGCAAAAUGUCACGAGCAUUUAAUGCAAUAUGGGAAAGGGAAGUCAUGUUACUACAGAUUCCUUACAAAGGGACAACAAUGGAUUUGGCUGCAAACACAUUACUAUAUCACGUAUCACCAGUGGAAUUCCAGGCCGGAGUUUAUUGUCUGUACGCACACUGUUGUAAGUUAUGCAGAAGUUAGAGCAGAAAGACGACGAGAACUUGGUAUUGAGGAGUCUCUUCCAGAGAUAACAGCAGAUAAAAGUCAGGACUCUGGGUCUGACAAUCAUAUAAACACAGUGAGUCUCAAAGAAGCACUGGAAAGGUUUGAUACCAGCCCCACACCUUCUGCUUCCUCCAGGAGUUCAAGAAAAUCUUCACAUACUGCAGUAUCAGAUCAUUCAUCAACACCAACUAAAAUGACAGUGGACACUAGCACUCCUUCAAGGCAAAGCUUAUCUGGUCAUGAAAAGACUGCGCAAAGAAGAUCAUCUCUGAGUAGUCAGUCUUUAAGCUCCCAGUCUCUUGGACAACCAGUAGCACAGCCAGCGAUGUCUCAGCCUGCAACUUUACAGCUCCAGUCUGGCAUGUCCCAGCCUGUGUUUCAGUUUUCAGCUCAAUUAGGAGCUAUGCAGCAUCUAAAGGACCAGCUAGAGCAAAGAACACGCAUGAUAGAGGCAAAUAUUCAUCGGCAGCAGGAAGAGUUGCGUAAGAUUCAAGAGCAGCUUCAAAUUGUCCACGGUCAAGGACUCCAGAUGUUCUUGCAGCAAUCAACUUCUGGACUCAACUUUGGUUCUGUGCAGCUUGCUUCUGGAAAUUCUUCAAAUGUUCAGCAGCUUACACCAAUAAACAUGCAAGGUCAAGUUGUUCAGACUAAUCAGACUCAAAGUGGGAUGAACGCAGGCCAUAUAAGUACUCCACACAUGAUACAGCAACAGCCUUUGCAGAGUACUGCCACACAGCAUAAUCAACAAAAUGUACUUAGUGGACACAAUCAACAGUCUUCUCUUGCCAGUCAGUCACAGAACACAGUCUCGGCACCUUUGUAUAACACUAUGGUGAUUUCUCAGCCAACAACAGGAAAUGUGGUCCAGGUUCCUUCUAGCUUACCACAGAACAAUAACCAGAAUGCUGCUGCAGUAACCACUUUUACACAGGAUAGACAAAUCAGAUUUUCUCAAGGUCAGCAACUUGUAACAAAACUUGUCACGGCCCCAGUAGCAUGUGGAGCGGUAAUGGUACCAAGUACUAUGUUUAUGGGACAGGUGGUGACAGCUUAUCCCACUUUUGCUGCCCAACAGCAGCAGCCACAGACUUUGUCAAUAACGCAACAGCAGCAGCAGCAGCAGCAAAAUCAGCAAGACCAUCAGCAGCAGCUCACCACAGUUCAGCAACCAGCUCAGCCACAGCUGACCCAGCAGCCCCAACAGUUCCUACAGACAUCCAGGUUACUUCAUGGAAAUCAGUCAGCUCAGCUUAUCCUCUCUGCUGCUUUCCCACUACAACAAAGCACUUUUACUCAGUCCCACCACCAGCAGCAUCAGUCGCAGCAGCAGCAGCAGCAACUGUCGCGACACAGAACUGACAAGAUGACUGAUCCUUCCAAAGUUCAGCCACAAUAGUGUGGGGCUCUGCCUCUUUUUGAAGCAAACCACCAGGAGGGGGCUGCUCCACAAACGGUUGCACUGAGGCUACAGAGGUAGCAGUACGAAGGCUUUCUAACACCGUGGUGUUGAGACCUACUUCUAACUUCUGGAAUCUGUUAAGAAAAGCCAGAAGAUGACGAUGGGGACACGGCCAACUUUGAUAGUUGCCCCAGUUUCUGUGUUCUAAAGGAUUUGCUGCCAUGUGUUAAUUUGUCCAGGUGAAAUCUCAACAUGUGACUGAAAUGAGAGGGAUGCUGAAAAUAUUGGUAUUUUUAUCAAUCCUGUACAUUUUUAAAGUAUUAAAAUGGACAUGGAGCAAUUGUUUGAAUUAGCAGAAAAAAAUGCCAGGAAUAUAGUCCAAAAAACAUCUAAUUUUUUUCAGAUGAUUAUGGGACAGUAAAUAUUUUGAAAAUGUUGUGUGAAAUCCAGUUCUCUGUUGUACAGAUGCUGUAAAAUAUUGUGUAUAUGUCUGCAUAAAAGGAGAAAGAGCAAAAUAUUUUAUAUGAUGCAUGAAAAUGUAACCUGUUAUUUGUAGGUUUGAAUAUGUUUCCCUAAAUUCUCACACCAUACUCAGACUAAUGUUUUCCUCUGUUCUACCCUUUUGUUUACAACAUGAUGCAUCAUUAUUUUCACCCUAAAUGUGGGCACAAGUCUCCUGUUUGUGCUUUGUCUGUGAUGUCAGGGUUUGUUCGGUGAGGUAUAGUGUGUUGGUUAGUUGACUUCUCGAGGUUAAAUUAUUGAUUAAGCUGUUUGAACUGGUGAUCAUGCAUCAGGGUUCAGGACAUUCAGAUUCAUGAAUAUCAUCCAUCAUUUCAUAAUUAAUUCAUCAUUUUAUUUGAAAAAUAGGAAUUUGCACUGCUUUCUCGCGGAUGGUUUGGAAUUUUAUUCCCCAAAGCUAUCUUUUGAUAUAGUUCAUAGUUGGAAAUAUUUAUGUAAAAGGUUUAAAA